AUGAAAGCUACAACUCCUACUUACAUUUGUGAGGAGUGUAAUACAAGACUUCGCAUCGAGACAAUUGAUUACGAAACAAACUUGGCUCUAAUUAUUACAAAAUGGAUUGAGAUCGGCCCCGGCUUGAGCCCUGAUGAUCCCCAAUGGAUGAGACAUGCUGGGAAGGCCGACAAUGCAUAUUUGUACCCUGACUCAGCUAAUUAUCAUCUUAGCAAUGGCAAGUCCGAUGCUCGAAGCUGCUUUGAAAACGCAUUCCCUCUCAACAACGGAUCACCUCAGUCUCUGGAAGUUGAAAUUCCGAAACCUUUACUAUCUGAAAAGCAAGCACUAUAA